GUUCAGUAUUAGCUUGUUCUGCAUCCUAUUAGUUAAUAGUGGUCUCUGCUGUUGGACACUUAUCCUUGCACGCGUGUACGUUGUAGGAGCUUGCACGCGACAUUGUCCUAACUCUUCCUUGCGCGUACAACCACAUUUAAGUAGGGCAAGGAUGCGGACAAUGCGGCUUAGAGCGAAUCCUCUUGCCCGGACCGGACGACUACGCGCGAACGAGUCGCUUAUCCGAUGCCGAGUCGCUUUGCGCUGCUGUGCAACGAAUGCAGUCACUUGCAAACCUGCCACAUCGGACUACCUGGUUACACGACGCUGCAUUGUAUCAAGCCUUGUAGCUGCUGGGGCUUUGCUGCUGCCAAUCGACUCCUCGCUCGCUGCGGAAGCAGGCCUUAUCCAGCAAUCCAACCAACAAACCAGUGUUGUUGGCGCCGAAAAGGUCUUCCUGGACAUCACCCUCAACGGCCAGCCCGCGGGCCGCCUCACCAUCCAGCUCUUCCCCGACGUGCCCGCCGGCGCCUCGCGCUUCGCCCAGCUAGCUGCGGGCAGGCAGGGGGUGGACUACCGGCUGUCCAAGUUCAAUGGGGUGCUGCCGACCUACAUCCGCAAUGAUGGCGUCACCCGGCUGUCGUACUCGGCUUCGGAGCAGUCGCCCAUCUUCGCCGGGGACUCCUUAGAGCCCCUGGAGGAGGAGUUGGGGCGGCAGGUGCGGCGGCACGAGGAGGCGGGGCUGGUGUCGCUCAUCGUGCGGGAGCGGGAGGCGAGGCCUGUCAAGGAGCGGCUGGUGGCGAAGGACGGAAAGCUCAUAACCGUGCUGGAGCAAGCGGGCGAGGCGCCUAAUGGUACGCAAUUCACCAUCACCACUGCAGCAAGUCCCGAGCUCGAUGCCACCAACCUCAUCGUGGGUCGGGUGGUGGAGGGCGAGGAGCUGCUGCGCCGCAUUGCAGCCCUGCCGGUCAACAAGCCGCGCAACGACAACCCUUACUUCCAGGCCGGGAAGGCCAUGGGGGACAAGCGGGCGGUCACAGCGGAACGAGCCUUCUACCGGCCGUUCCAGAAGGUUGUGGUGGCAAGCAGUGGGGUCAUGCCCUAGGCGAAGCGGUGGAAUAGCCGGCGGGUAAACAUCAUUUGGGGCCCAGAGAGGGGUGUGACGGUAAGCGAAUUGUUAAGAUGUAGGCAAUGCCCAUGGCUGCUACUCACGAAAGCGGCCAGGUUGCAUGCAACCUUAGGUGACUAGGAUGGAGUCAACGUGCCUGACGUCCUGGGUGUCAGGGAACCGUACUUGGCAGUAAUGCUGGCCGAUGGCUUCAUGGCAUUGGUUCGAGGUAAUAUCUUAUGGCCAAGGAGGCUUGGGUAGUACUGACGACGUUGGAAAGUGUUGUCGUGGCCACGACGUACGACAAUUGCUUUAGGUUCCGUCAGCACUUCUCCUCUUACUAUAUUUUAACCCGCAAAUCUCCCUAUCGGUAUGGCGCCGGACAGUAGCUCGCUCCCAAGUGGCCACAGAGGGGCUGCAGGAGCGGCAAGAACCAC